AUGGGUAGAUUUUAUCAGCAGGCUUAUCUGUGGAGAAAAUUUCACGCUCUUUAUGGAAUCUGUGAUGAGGGCCAUGUGGUGGUCCAUGAGGAGGAUGAUCUGGGUGAUCUGGGUGAUCUGGGUGAUCUGGGUGAUCUGGGUGAUCUGGGUGAUCUGGGUGAUCUGGGUGAUCUGGGUGAUCUGGUUCAUGUGGUGGUCCAUGAGGUGGAUGAUCUGGGUCAUGUGGUGGAUGUGGUGGUCCAUGAUCUGGGUGAUCUGGUUCAUGUGGUGGUCCAUGAGGUGGAUGAUCUGGGUCAUGUGGUGGAUGUGGUGGUCCAUGAUCUGGGUGAUCUGGUUCAUGUGGUGGUCCAUGUGGCGUUCCAUGAGGUGGUCCAUGAGGUGGAUCCUUUGGCUCCUUUGGUUCCUUUGGUUCCUUUAGGUCCUUUGGAUCCUUUGGUUCCUUAA